GAGCCGAGCGACGGUCUUGACGAAAACACACCGACCGCAGACUGCGAACCAUUCCGGGCAGAGGGGCUGCGGAACCACCGGGGGGACAACCGCGUCAUGGAGUCGCUGAAGUUGGACAACGGGGUUCGGCCUUGACGGGAGACGUUAGACGCGGGAAGUAGGUUUUGAUGGCAAUGCGCGCGGUAUCACUUGUUAGAUAGAAACAUACAUACAGAGAGAGGAGGCGGCGGAGGAGGAGGAGGAGGAGGAGGGGGCCGAGGUGGACUCUCCCUCCCUCCCUCGGUUUGAGCCAGUCCGCUCGAUGGAGGCACCCGGGACCCUCGCAGCGAGCUCCAGGCCCGGUAUGUCACCUGUGAGACGCCGCCGCCACCCCGCCGGAGGUCGUGGGUGAAGGAGAAGCACCGCCCGCGCACAUCUGUCCUCAACUUUGGCCGACAACUUGUGCUCCUGAAGCCCGUGUGCUAGGAGAAAAAAGUUCGCAGGUCAGCUCCAGCCAUGACCGACAUAGAUAUCACUUAACCCGGAGGUCAGUCACCUUCUCAGGUCGCCGGGUACAGGUGAACCGCGCACUACUUUGACAUUUUCUCUGCUUCACAUUUCUCCAUCCGCGGCUCAUCCGGAUCCAGACUUAUUGGAUUUUUGUUUUGUUUUGUUAUCUUAUUUAUGAAUUUUUAAUUUGUACAAAUCAAUCAUGUCACUCAAAGACAAUCCCUGCCGGAAAUUUCAAGCCAACAUAUUCAACAAGAGCAAAUGCCAGAACUGCUUCAAGCCCAGAGAAUCCCAUCUGCUCAACGAUGAGGACUUCAAUCAGGCCAAACCCAUAUAUGGAGGAUGGCUGCUGCUGGCACCUGAGGGAACAAACUUUGACAAUCCCUUACACAGAUCUCGAAAAUGGCAAAGGAGGUUCUUCAUCCUCUACGAGCAUGGCUUACUUCGCUAUGCUCUGGACGAAAUGCCCAGCACUCUACCCCAGGGUACAAUCAAUAUGAACCAGUGCAGUGACGUCAUCAAUGGCGAGGCGAGGACGGGCCAGAAGAACUCGCUGUGCAUCCUGACCUCUGACAAAGAGCACUUCAUACGUGCGGAAUGUAAAGAAAUCAUCAACGGGUGGCAGGAGGCUCUGACUGUGUACCCCAGGACCAACAAGCAGAACCAGAAGAAGAAACGAAAGGUCGAUCCCCCGACUCACCAGGUAACACAUCGCUUCACACUAUCCAUGGUGAACUUUUUUUUGUAUUGGUCAACCCUAACAAAGCAAAAAGAAGCAACUAAAUCCAGGUGUAGGGCAAAAUGAGUUGUUAAGAGUAAAGUGACAAACUGCAGAUAACAAGGAGAGGUUGGUCCGACAAAUUCAGUGAUAAUACAGAUUGAUUAUAUUAUAUCACGGUUCUGAAACGAAUUUCGCUCAGUAUUAAAGUAAUCUAUUUGUUUAACCUAUAACAUAUAAAGGGGCCAUUUUUAGGCUCCUGUGAUGAUGUAAUGGUCACACAUUGAGGCCCUAUCAACACCGUUCAUGAUACGGCUGUAAAUGAUCCACAUGUGACAAAUGGGCUGCUGCCAGCAACA